CUUCCAUAUUCUCAAACCCUAACAAAUCCCCCAAAUUGAAAACCCUAACCAAUCUCAAUGGCUCCCCCAAUCAAAUCAUCGGAUCGCCGAAGCCACUCAUCUUCGAAAGAUCGAGAGCCCGAAGCGACUUCAUCGCUCAAUCUCUGGGUGGGGGAUCUCUCAUCGGACACCGAGGAUGCCGAUCUGAUGGAGAUCUUUCGAGAUUAUGGCGCGAUGGAUGCCCUAACUUCUUACACUCCGAGGACCUACGCCUUCGUCUUCUUUAGGAAACAGGAGGACGCGAAGAAAGCGAAGGAGGCGCUCCAGGGAUCGAUCGUCAAGGGGAAGCCCAUCAAGAUCCAGUUGGCUCGUCCGGCAAAACCGGGUAAGUGUCUAUGGAUUGGUGGUAUCAGUCCGGCUGUUACUCAGGAACAACUUGAAGAUAAGCUUCUGCAGUUUGGAAAGCUUGAAGAAUACAAAUUCCUCAGAGACCGGAAUUCUGCUUUGGUUGGUUAUACCAAGCUUGAUGAUGCUAUUGCUGCUCAAAGGGACAUGAAUGGCAAAAGUAUAGGCGGUGAACAAGUACGUGUUGAUUUUCAAAAGCCACAAACUCAGAGACUGCCAUCCUCGAGAAACGAUUGGCCUGAAAAUCACAAUCCAAGGGGUAGUGGGAGGAAUAUUGGGCCACAGGAAAAAUAUAUGGGAUAUGACGAUGCAAGAAAUUAUCACGAGUCUACCCACCAAGGGUCUAAAAGGCAUCUGCCGCAUGGAGGAAGGCGAGAUGGUCCACCAAGCAGUACUUUAUGGGUAGGAUAUCCGCCAUCAUUUCAUAUGGAUGAACAGAUGCUGCAUAAUGCCAUGAUUUUGUUUGGCGAAAUUGAAAAAAUCAAGAGUUUCCCUUCUAGGCAUUAUUCCUUUGUAGAGUUCAGGAGUGUUGAUGAAGCUCGACGAGCAAAGGAAGGUCUACAGGGUCGCCUUUUUGGUGACCCUAGAAUACAAAUUCUGUUUUCCUCCAGUGACCUUGCACCUGGUGGUAAGGAUAAUGCACCACUUCUUCCUGGAUACAGAGUGCCUAGGACAGAUCUGCUCUUUAAUGAACCUCCUUUUGGGCCCAGUUAUCCCCUGGCCCCAAACUCCUUUCAUGGACAUUUGCUUCCCAAUGGGCCAGGACCAGAUGGUAACCCAAAUGCUCCAAAUUGGAGACAGUCGUCUCCUGCAUCCCUCAGGCCCAUGCCAAAUGUGUGGGAUGAUGAAUUUGACAUGAGGGAACCAAAGAGAUCAAGAUUUGAAGGUUCUCCGUCUAAUGAUAUUAGGUUUGGGCUGCUUCAUCCUGAGAGGGAUAUCCCUAGUCAAAGUCGUGGUCUAGGGCGAGUGCGUGGAUCACCUGACAUCGACAUUUAUUGGCGCGGACUUAUUGCCAAGGCUGGUGCACCUGUUUGUUGUGCUCGAUGUGUGCCAAUUGGGAAGGGUCUUGAGUCUCCAUUACCGGAAGUAGUCAAUUGUUUCGCAAGAACAGAUCUGGAUAUGCUCGAAAAACAUUAUAGCGAAGCAAUUGGUUUUGAUAUUGUCUUCUUUGUACCAGACAGUGAAGAAGAAUUUGCCUCAUAUACUGAGUUUCUCCAGUACUUGGGUCUUAAAAACCGUGUUGGUGUUGCGAAAUGUGGUGAUGGGACUACAUUAUUUUUGGUUCCUCCGUCAGAUUUUUUAACUAAGGUUUUGAAAGUGUCUGGUCCAGAACGGCUUUAUGGGGUGGUUCUUAAAUUACCGCCUCAACCAACAAUAGAAACACAGCAACCUCGAGCUACUCCUCCACCUUCAUCUCGUCAUAAUGUUCAGAGGCAGGAAUCUGCUUCACAUGAUGGUUAUGACUACAUUCCUGGAAAUAUAGACCCUGCUCCAAGAAUUGACCAUGGUAGUGAUUUGCAUGAGAACUCUAUUUCUAGGGGUGGGGCUGGACUUGUUAAUCAAUCUUAUACUUUACCAUCAGCUGCCAAUAAUUAUGCAAGGAAUUCUGAAGCCAAUAAUUAUGCAAGAAACAUUGAAGCCGAUAAUUAUGCAAUGAAUCCUGAAGCCAAUAAUUAUGCAAUGAAUCCUGAAGCCAAUAAUUUUGUAAGAAAUCCUGAAGCUAGUUCCCAGGUUAAAGUUUCAUUGACACCUGAACUUAUAGCAACUCUCGCUUCUCUUAUACCUUCUAGCAGUCAGUCAUCAACUGCUGGGAGUAAUAAUAUCUCUACGACAUCUUCUUUCCCUGCCAAUAUAACUAGUGCUCCUGUCCAAAGGCGGAUUCAAGAAAAUCAUGCCUCAUUUCCCGCUUCACAGUUAGAGCCGAGAAUGAAUUUGCAGCAGCAGCCUCAGCAAUUUAGGGGUCAGUAUAAUGCUGAGGAACCAUUCACAUCCCAAUAUCCAUCAUAUGCCAGCUUGCCGAAUGGCCCACACAACUCUGUUCAACCUUUUCUUGGUGACGAACAAGUUCAAGAUCUUGCUCCAAACAUGCCACAGAGGCAAUUGGAUAACUAUGCCUCCUCCAAUGGGCAGUCUUUAAUAUCAAGCAAUCAAUAUUAUCAGCAUGAUUCUUCCUUUGAUCCCUAUAAUGCCCGAGGAAUCCUCAACCAAUCUGUCCAGCAGCAAGCAGCGCUUGCUAGCUCAUCUACACAGGGCCAGACUCCAAAUGUGCUCCAAAAUCAAGUCGUCCCGAAUGCAGGUUUUUCUGGUCAAAUGGAGAGGCUGCAGAUGGCUCUGAACAGUUCUGGCGAUGGCUCGUCACGUGGAGAUGAGGAGAAGAAUCAGAGGUACCAGUCGACGUUGCAGUUUGCCGCCAGCUUGCUCCAGAAGAUUCAGCAACAGCAACAAGGCAGUGGUCAAAAGUCGCCAGGGAGACCUGACUUUUAAUCAGGUGAGUACAAGGAAGGCCUUGGCCUUGGGCUUUAAGGGGAGUUGAUUGAUGGGCCCGACAAGAUGUCAUCACUGACUGAAGCUUCCCUUUCACUUUAAUUAGAUCGAGAUUAGAUUAGAUAGCUCUUUGUAUUUGAUGAGUGUAUGUUUGUAAGGAACGAGAUGGGAUGCUUUGCGUUGACUUUAUGUUGUUGACUUCUCUUUUUCGUUUGGAUGUGUUCUAAAGUUGACUUAGUAACUCCAUAGUCAACUCUCUUUGGAUUCAAACGCUCAACUUUCAACCUACUAGAAUUGAACAGCCAUUUUAUACAA